CUAUAAUCGUUUAGGAAGGAAUGCUGAUGAAUCAGAUGCAGAGGCAAUCAUUGAUAUGGCUGGGAAGGCCUCCCUUGCUGAUCAACAGAACUAGGUUCAAGAAAACAUUUAUUCUCAAAUUAAAACCUUCUGUGCAUCAAUGGAUGAAAUUCUUCUUCCUGAUUCAAAGAGCAUAAAUGAAUCAUCUGAAUCAACUUCACAAAGGAAUACUGCUGUGACCCAUAGUGGCCUUGGCCUUGCUGUUGGAAGGAUGAGCCCACAAAAUAAAAGUCCUGCUGUUCCUGAUACAAAACCGUUAAAACCUGCUGAGUUGUCUCAGAGUCUGAAGAAUCUCAUAGGCUACGCUCUUGAGCUCAAACCAUCUCAAAUUCCGCAUAAGGACGCUGGCCAAGGUUUAUUCAUAGAUGGUCAAGCCGAUGUUGGUACUGUAAUAGCAUUCUACCCUGGAAUAAUUUACUCUCCAGCUUACUAUUGUUAUAUUCCUGGAUAUCCAAGAGUCGAUACACACAACCCGUACUUGAUCACAAGGUACGACGGAACUGUUAUCAAUGCACAGCUUUGGGGUGUUGGGGGUGAAAUCCGUGAAGUGUGGGACCUCUCGAGUGUUAUUAAAUCUAGGCCAAAUGUGAAAGAUGAUGCUAAUAAUAAAGGUUCUGACCAAAUUUGGAAGAUGCUCAAUAAACCUUUGCAAGCCACACGAGUGGUCAGUAGUGGCGAUGUGUUGGAGCGGAGAAACCCACUAGCUUUUGCCCAUUUUGCAAACCACCCUGCAAAAGAGAUGGUCCCUAAUGUAAUGGUUUGCCCUUAUGAUUUUCCAUUAACUGAGAAGGAUAUGAGAACCUAUAUACCAAACAUAAAGUUAGGAAGUGGAGAGGAAGCGAAGAUGAAGAGGUUUGGAAGUUUUUGGUUUAUAGGUUCCAAUCCUCUUCCUCUCCAAUCCUUUCUUUUUGGAUGUCAUUAUAAAGCUUUUUCAAAGCUGCAAUUUGACCUUUUUGAUUAUAACCUAACAAUGAAGUGGACUAUGCUGAAAUCAUCAUGUUUACAUUCUUCUCUCUCUCUCUCUCUCUCUCUCUCACACACACACACACACACGGCAUGGUGAAAAUAUUAUCAGGCC